AGGAACCGGCCUCAUCUUCCGCCUCCGAAACUUCAAUUUCCCGGUCUUCUCUUCUUCCCUGCAUUACACGUAUUCCAAAGUCUGCAAAAGCAGACGAUCCAUUCGAGAACUGAAGAAAGCAAGAACGAGAGGAAACAAAGAUUUCAAAGAGAAGACUCUCUCUCUCUCUCUCUCUCUCUCUCUCUCUCUAUUUCUCAUUUCCAUGGCCUCUUCUCCAUUUCCCUACCUUCUCUCUCACAACUACUACUCUCUCAUGGAGCAAAAUCACACCAUCCUCUCUCUCCUCUUCCUUGCCUUUUCUCUCUCUUUCCUCUUCUUCAUCUCCUUCUUCAAAAACCAUACUAAAGACCCACAGAAACCCACCUCCAAUCCCUUCUCCAUCUUCAGAUUCUCCCUCUCUAGACCCCCCAAGAAACCCCAUCAGAAUCAAACUCACCGCCUCUUUCUGGAGAUCCUCACAUCCAGCCAUCCAACCAAAUGGGCCACCAUCGACCCUCUGAUCGAUGCCGGCAUUGACGAGUCUGCGGGGAAUUGCGCCCGUGCAGAUGGGUCGGAGAUGGAUUUUGCUGGUGAUGGUGGGGGAGACGAUUGUGAGAGGAGCGGGGAUUUGAAAGGGAAGAAGAAGAAGAAGAGGAGCAAGAAGAAGCGGCAGCAGAAUCCGCAGGUGGAGGAAGAGGAGGGUGUUGAGUAUCAGGCUACGAUGCCGCGGGCGGCAGCAGAAAAGUCAGGUGUGGAUUUCUUGUAUCCGUUCACGUCAGCAUCGAGUGCCACCCAGAGGAAGAUCAAGCUACAUUACGAUGAGCUCGUGAGGUCGAAUGAUGCCAAGGCAUUGACAAUGGCUCAGGUUGGCCAGUUUGCAAAUUGCCUGAUUGAGGCUAGAAAUGAAUUGCAGCAUAAAUCUGAGAUCAUUCAACGCAAGUUUACAAUAACAAAGGCACUGCUAUUCAAGGCCGACAGGUCAUCGUUCGACCGCCUUUGUCAACAGAUAUACAAGCUAGAAGCAGAACAGAAGAGACUAGAGGAGGAUGCAACCGUAUACAAUCGACUGCAGGAGCAGCUGAAGCUCUCACCGGCAUAUAAGAAGAUGCUCGAAAUCAGUGCUCGCAUGGAGUCGCAAGCAAGUUCAGGCGAUUCGCUAGAGAACCCGGAUGCUGAAUAUACUGACAUCUCAUUUGAGGAAUUGCUAGCCCAAGAAAAGAAGGAUUCUUUUUGGCAAAGGAAUGGCAAGCUGAGAACUUCAGCAAGCUAGCAUGGUCAUCACAUCAUUGUGAUCAUUGAUACUUGGUGCUGCUGCGCUUUUCUUUUGAAGCAUCAUGUACAUCCGUUCAGACGGGCUGCACCUGCCCUUUUGGGCCUCCGGUCUUAUCAAGCCUUUCCACUCUCUUAUAUUCAGGAAGCUAAUCCCAGCGGCGACAGAUUUAAUGUUUUCGUGACUAUAGAUUAACAUAGGAUGGCGCCUGAUCUAAGGAUUAUGUAAGCUUCGAAGAUGGCACAGGUGGUAGCACAUGCUUAUGUGCGGCAUUGUGUGGAAUUUUGGCACGUCAAUGAAAAGAAACUCAGUGAAUAAUACCAUUUACAAGGUGAAUCAAACAGGUAUGAAAGGUCCUGAUGUUUGGAUUUUUGGCCA